CGCCGUCCCCUGCAGUGAUGCGGUCCUUGUUCACCACCAGGACGUGCCGCGGGUCACCCUCCACUUCGUGCACCGCCUUCGUCUUGCCCUCGAUGAUCAACGCUCCUGGCUUGGGCUCUGCUGUGGGGAACACGUCAGGCCGAAGUGUGUGACUCGGAUCGUCAGACAGCGGGAGUGGGGGACAGGAGCGUGGAGGGGAGUGGGCACCUCGGCACAGCCCAACUGGACCUUGCCUCUGCUGGCCUACUGGCCCUUGUGGUGCUGGGGCAACUCAGUGUUGCGCGCGGCGCUGAAGGUUGAGGUGGUGUGUUGGUGUUUCGAUCGUGAGGCUUUCCACCCCGUGACUGACUGACUGACUGACUAGGGAUUGGUGAGGGGUGUGGCGGGGCGGCAUCUCUCCACCCCACUGUGACAACAGCGGCACUCACCCACAGUAGAAAGCGACGUCGCGGGCGUAGAGGAGACGCAGGGAGUGAUGGCAGCCAGCAGCAAAGACGCAGAGGGAGAAGCAGGCGUGAACGACCCCACGACAGCGGAGCUGCGUGAGGCGUGCGGGGUAAUCGGAUGUAUGCUGGCCCGCAGCACCCCAGACGGCAUGGUGAACGUUGCCAGGAUGAUCUACCUCGGAUUGGUGGCUCUACAGCACAGAGGCCAGGAGAGUGCAGGCAUCGUGACCAGCGAGGGGCCAGCCAGCACGCACUUCAACUAUCAGAAGGGGGACGGCCUGGUGGCGGCGAUCUUCACGGACGAGAAGCUUAACAAACUCAAAGGUGACAUGGGCCUGGGACACUCUCGCUACUCCACGGCUGGCGGGCGGGACCCUACCAACACGCAGCCCUUCAUGGUGCACACUCGCCAUGGGCCCCUCGCCACGGCACAUAAUGGGGAGCUCAUUAACGCCGGGGCACUCAGAAAGGCGAUCAUGGACCGCGGCGUCGGACUCUCCACGCUGUCAGACUCCGAGCUCAUAACGCAGAUGCUGUCCCAGGCUCCUCCCCGCGGUGAGAAGGCCAAACCAGACUGGGGCGCCCGCAUCCGCCACCUAAUUGAGGCCACGCCCACCGCCUACUCCCUCGUCGUGAUGCAAGAGGAUAAGAUCUACGGUGUGCGUGACCCCUUCGGCAACCGCCCCCUCAGCAUCGGCCGACUCAUGCCCCUCGGGACAGCGAACGAGGAAGACCAACGCAAGCCUUUGGGAUGGGUGUUCAGCUCGGAGUCUUGCGCCUUCCAGUCCAUGGGGGCGACGCUCAUGAGAGAGGUGUACCCAGGGGAAAUAGUGGAGUUGAGUCCUGACGGUGUGCGCUCUCUAGACAUCGUACCCCGUCCCAAGAGUACUGCCCCGCACAGCAAUGCUCACGGGGACCCAGACGACAUAGACCACGAGACCAUCUUGCUUGGACCACCGCCCGCCUUCUGCAUCUUCGAGUACGUCUACUUCGCACGAGCUGACUCCGUGUUUGAGGGACAGCAGGUGUACAGCGUGCGUCAGCGGUGUGGUCGCCAGCUAGCCAUCGAAUCACCAGUGGAUGCAGAUAUCAUCUCUACUGUGCCUGAGUCAGCCACGCCUGCGGCCCUCGGCUUCUCUCUCGAGUCUGGCAUCCCGUACAUCGAGGUGCUGUGCAAGAAUCGCUACGUGGGACGAAGCUUCAUUCAGCCCGACACGCGCUCACGACAAUUGGCAGUGGCGAAGAAGUUUGGUGUGCUGUCCGAGAACCUGAUGGGGCGCCGUGUGGUGCUUGUGGAUGACUCCAUCGUACGGGGAACAACAGUGGGCCCCAUCAUCCAGCUGCUGCGGCAAGCUGGGGCAAAGGAGGUACACAUCCGCGUGGCUUCCCCCCCGCUCAAACACCCCUGCUAUAUGGGCAUCAAUAUUCCCACAAGGGGAGAGCUCCUGGCCAACCAGAAGCCGCUUGAGGAACUUGCCAGUUACGUAGGUGCUGAUAGCUUGGCCUACCUGAGCAUCGAAGGGCUGAGGAAGGCUGUGCGUCAAGGCAUUGUGCUAAAGAACAACAUUCCCACUGGCCACUGCACUGCCUGCCUGGAUGGUAACUACCCUGUAAAUCUUGAGUGGUAGUCCAGUCACAUUCACUAAUGGAACAUUGUAUGGGAUACUGUUUCUCCAGGCCAUACUCUGACAGCUGUGCUACGAAGUAUACUUUCUCUGCGAAAAGAAUCCCACCAUUUUCCAUGCUUAAAUACAUAAUUAGUGUAUUUGUGGGAUAGUUUUAAGUCAGUAACAAUUCUUUUGUACUAAUAUGGAAUCUGUAUAAGCUUUAAAUUGUUCUUGCAAUGAUUAUUGUACAGGGAAAAUAUAUUUCCUUGCAUUGAAA